GACUGAAUUUCUUUUUACGUGACAAAGAAAAAAAGGAAAAGGAAAGGCGAAGGCUGCUCGCUCCACACGCUUUGGAUUUUCUAUGCAGAGGAGCGAAGAUCGAGUCGAAGAAGAAAUUAAUUCUGGUUUUAUAACCGAAUUUGGAUCAUUGAAUUCUUUCGGUGGUUUUCGUGAAUUUGAGCACUGAAUGUUGAGAUUACUUUGGUGGUCUGUGGAUUUCUCUGGCUGUUCCUGUUCUUGAGUUCGUCCCGCAAAGCGGAUCAAUCGGAGCUCUGAGUAGCUUUACUGACAAUUUGCAUUCUUUAAUUGGGCCUCUUUGAGGUUAUACAGUCCUUUAUUUUGCUGAAGAUGGUGCUUCAUUUUUUUUUUCAAAAUUUCAGUUUUUUUGAAGGUUUUAUAGGAAUUUAGAUCGCAUUCUGGAAGUAGAUCAGUAGAAGGUUAGCGGGUUUUGAGUAUUCUUUUAAGGUUCAACUGGGCUUUGCAGAAGAGCAUUAGCAAAAGGUAUUGAAGCUUAUUCUGGUGUUGACGACCGGUUGGAGCUUCGAAGGAGUAGGAGUUGUUGAGCUUCAGAGGAGUUGGUAAAGCUUGCUUUUUUUUUUCCCCUUCUUCUGAAGUCAGAUCAAGGAAAUGAAGUUCUGAUCCAUUUAUCUAGUAAAGCUGCUGAGGCAGUUUUUCAAAUAGAGAAGGCGCGAGUACGAAAUUUUGGAGUUCUUGGUUUUCUUUGAUUUGAUUUGCUUUGUCUUUGUUCUUUUUCCUAAGAGAAGGUAAAAUUGGAGUUGAGGAAGUGCGAGUGAGAUCUUUGGCACUUUCGUGCAUUUGGGUAUCGCUGAAUGUUUUGAAUUGGUGCAGUGUGUUUGUCUGGACUUGUCAUUGAUGAUUGAGGGAACGAACAGCACUAUGCUCUGUUUCUAACACUAACGUCCCCGCCAUUUUGUCGAACAGAUAAGUUGCGGUGGGGACAUUGUUAAAGCUCGAAAGCCCCUUUUGAGGAUAAAAGAAGGGUUUCGUUUUUUCUUUUUCCCCUUUUUCUUUUUUCUCUUUCUCCCCUCUUGAUAUUUAUAUAAUGGCGUCAGUUCAGAGGCAUUCACCAGGAUCGAGAAGCACUUCUGAGAAAUCUGGGUCCCGGAGUGCUUCUGAGAAACCAUGGUCGCGAAGCUCUAUUGAUAAAACAGGAUCAAAAAGUUCUGAGAAAUCCGGAGCAAGAGGCUCUUCUGAGAAAUCAGGGUCGAGAAGCUCUUCUGAGAGGUCAGGAUCGCGGAGCUCUUCAGAUAAAAUGCCACGAAAGCCGGUGCCAAAAGCCCGGGUUCAACCUGCAUUACAACAAAUCCGAUCAUUGCCGCUUGAUUUUAGGUUCACUGGUUCUCCUGUAUCUCGUGCAGCUGAAAAGCCUACUGCUGUUAGUGAAGACAUUGAAAAGCCUGAUCCUGUUAGUGAAAACAUUGAAAAGCCUGAUGCUAUUGGUGAAAACAUUGAUAAUGRAAUUGCUUCUAGUAUUCCUGAAAAUGAUGGUCCUGGUGACGUUAGUGUAGGCAUUGAUAAUGGAGUUGCUUCUAGUAUUCCCGAAAAUGAUGGUCCUGGUGUUGUUAGCGUAGACGUUGAUAAUGGGAUUCUUUCUAGCCUUCCUGAAACUGAUGAUUCAGUUGGUGAAAUAGUUGAAGGCCUUGAGUAUACUGUUGAUAAUAUGGUGGAGUCAACUAAUGCUGAUUCUCCUUAUAGUAGGAAAACUGUUUCAUUUGAAGAAAGGCCUUCAGAAGGUGAUGAGUGCAUGGAUUCCAUGACUUCUCCUUUGCCAGCAAAAUUUCCAUCUGGUAUUGAAUCCAAGUGGGGUGAUACUAGUUUUUACGCUGGGAAGAAGAAGAAGCUUCGAACAUGGUGUCAAUUUCCAAAUGGUGAUUGGGCACUGGGGAAGAUAUUAUCAACUUCUGGAGCUGAGACUGUUAUUUCACUUCCUGAUGGAAAAGUUUUGAAGGUGAAUGUAGAAAGUCUAUUACCUGCAAAUCCUGAUAUACUUGAUGGUGUAGAUGAUCUGAUGCAGCUUAGCUAUUUAAAUGAGCCAUCUGUAUUGUACAAUCUUCAAUUUAGAUAUGCUCAAGAUAUGAUCUAUACAAAAGCGGGACCAGUAUUGGUUGCUAUCAAUCCUUUUAAAGAAGUUCCAUUAUAUGGAAAUGAUUAUAUUGAAGCAUAUAGGCGUAAAUCCGUGGAGAGUCCACAUGUGUAUGCAAUUGCAGAUACUGCCAUUAGGGAAAUGAUACGAGAUGAAGUAAAUCAAUCUAUCAUUAUAAGUGGUGAAAGUGGAGCAGGGAAAACUGAAACAGCAAAGAUAGCUAUGCAAUAUUUAGCUGCACUUGGAGGAGGUAGUGGAAUAGAAAACGAAGUAUUGAAGACUAAUCCUAUAUUGGAAGCCUUUGGUAAUGCAAAAACAUCAAGAAAUGACAACUCAAGUCGUUUUGGGAAGUUGAUUGAAAUUCACUUUAGUGAAACUGGGAAAAUUUCUGGUGCCAAAAUUCAGACUUUUUUACUUGAAAAGUCAAGAGUGGUUCAGUGUGCAGAGGGAGAAAGAUCAUAUCAUAUAUUUUAUCAGCUUUGUGCUGGAGCUCCUCAAGCACUUAGAGAAAAAUUGCAUUUGAAGAAGGCAAGUGAAUAUAAAUAUUUGAAACAAAGCAAUUGUUUUUCUAUUCCUGGGGUUGAUGAUGCUGAACGUUUUCGCAUUGUUAUGGAAGCUCUCUAUAUUGUUCACAUUAGCAAAGAGGAUCAAAAUAGUGUAUUUGCAAUGCUUGCUGCUGUCUUGUGGUUGGGUAAUAUCUCCUUUACUGUAAUUGACAAUGAAAACCAUGUUGAAGCAGUGGUUGACGAAGGUCUAAAUGUUGUUGCCAAAUUAAUUGGAUGCAAUGUGGGGGAAUUAAAGUUAGCUUUAUCAACUCGCAAAAUGAGAGUUGGCAAUGAUAAUAUUGUCCAAAAGCUUACACUAUCUCAGGCAAUUGACACCAGAGAUGCAUUGGCUAAAUCACUCUAUGCUUGUUUGUUUGACUGGCUGGUUGAACGAAUAAACACAUCAUUAGAAGUAAGCAAGCGGCGUACAGGAAGAUUCAUCAGCAUUCUUGAUAUUUAUGGCUUUGAAUCAUUUGAUAAAAAUAGUUUUGAGCAGUUUUGCAUAAAUUAUGCCAAUGAAAGAUUGCAACAACACUUUAACCGCCAUUUAUUCAAGUUAGAGCAGGAGGAAUACAUCCAAGAUGGCAUUGACUGGGCAAAGGUUGAAUUUGAAGACAACCAAGAUUGUCUAAAUCUUUUUGAGAAGAAACCAUUGGGAUUACUGUCUCUAUUGGAUGAGGAAUCAACUUUUCCAAAUGGAACGGACUUGACAUUUGCCAACAAGCUUAAGCAGCACCUGAAUUCUAAUUCCUGUUUCAGAGGAGAAAGAGACAAAGCUUUCACUGUCAUUCAUUAUGCGGGGGAGGUUACAUAUGACACAAGUUGCUUUCUGGAGAAAAACAGAGAUCUGUUGCAUUUAGAUUCUAUUCAACUUUUGUCUUCUUGUACAUGCCGACUCCCCCAGAUAUUUGCAUCCAAGAUGCUUACUCAAUCUGAAAAACCAGUUGUUGGUCCUUUAUAUAAAUCAGGGGGAGCAGAUUCCCAAAAGCUAAGUGUUGCAAUGAAAUUCAAGGGUCAACUUUUCCAAUUAAUGCAACGGUUGGAGAAUACAACACCACACUUCAUACGCUGUAUCAAGCCCAACAACUUGCAGCGUCCUGGAAUUUAUGAACAAGGUCUCAUAUUGCAGCAGCUAAGGUGUUGUGGAGUCCUAGAGGUGGUCCGAAUAUCAAGAUCUGGUUAUCCUACUAGGAUGUCACACCAAAAGUUUGCAAGCAGGUAUGGUUUUCUUCUUCUGGAGAGUGUUGCCUCACAAGAUCCACUCAGCGUUUCAGUUGCAAUUCUUCACCAGUUCAAUAUUCUGCCAGAGAUGUAUCAAGUUGGCUAUACAAAAUUGUUUUUCCGAACUGGACAGAUUGGUGCACUUGAGGAUACAAGAAAUCGUACUCUCCAUGGCAUUUUACGAGUUCAAAGCUGUUUCAGAGGUCACAAGGCUCGCAUUUAUCUCAAGGAACUUAGGAGUGGAAUUGCCACUCUGCAAUCAUUUGUUCGUGGAGAGAAAGCCAGAAAGGAAUAUGUUAUCUUACUACGAACUCAUAGAGCUGCUGUGUUUAUACAGAAGCUGGUAAAAGGCAGAACUGCUAGGAAAAAAUUCAUGAAUGUUCGUGAUGCAUCAAUAGUGAUACAGUCAGUUAUUCGUGGCUGGCUAGUUAGAAGGUGUUCGGGUGAUGUAACUUUGUUGAGUUCAACCCAGAAAUUUGAAGGCACAAAGGGUUCUGAACCAGAUCAGGUGCUGGUAAAAGCAUCAGUCCUUGCAGAGCUACAGCGCAGGGUUCUAAAGGCAGAGGCAGCUCUGCGGGAAAAGGAAGAAGAAAAUGACAUUCUCCACCAAAGGCUCCAGCAGUAUGAAAGCAGGUGGUCUGAGUAUGAGCUGAAGAUGAAGUCCAUGGAAGAAGUGUGGCAAAAACAGAUGAGUUCCCUACAAUCCAGCCUUUCCAUUGCAAAGAAGAGCCUUGUAAUUGAUGAUGCUGAAAGAAAGUCUGAUGCCUCGGUUAAUGCAACUGAUGACAGAGAACAUAACUGGGAUCUUGGGAACAACAAUAGCAAGGGCCAGGAGAACAACGGGUUGAGACCUGGGCCCCAAAUCUUGGACAGAGAGAUGAGUGCAGGUCUGAGUGUUAUAAGCCGAUUGGCAGAAGAAUUUGAACAGCGGAGCCAGGUAUUUGGUGAUGAUGCCAAAUUUUUGGUGGAGGUGAAGUCAGGGCAGGCUGAGGCAAGUAUAAAUCCUGACAGAGAACUGAGAAGGUUAAAGCAGAUAUUUGAAGCUUGGAAGAAGGAUUAUGGGGCAAGACUGCGAGAGACAAAGGUAAUCCUCCACAAACUUGGAAAUGGGGCAGGAAGUGCAGAGAAGGGUAGGAAGAAAUGGUGGGGAAGGAGAAACAGCUCAAGGAUAAAUUAGUUAUUAUUCUYAAGUUACAACUCUCUAGUGUCUAUUUGAUUACUUGUUUAGCCAAUUUGUUUAUGUUUAGAAUUGGCUGAAAAGAUCAUUAAUGUAUUUUCGCUGCUUCAGCUGAAAUAUAAGAGGUCUUCGGUGCUUUUUCAGUCCCCAGAAGAUCUAAAUAU